UCGAGUUACUUGGAUUACAACAGAUCGCCUCUCUCUUCUAUACAACUUGGAAAUAGUCAAGAAAAGGAAAGAGUUAAAAGAUUCUUGGUGUCUCGCAAGUAUAACAUUGAGGUGGUGGUGGUGGUGGACGAGAAGAUGUCGAUUUAUCACGGCAACCAGCUGGACCAGUACAUCCUCACCCUGAUGUCUGUGGUGGCGCUGAUCUUCCGUGACGUCAGCGUGGGGCACCGUCUUGACAUCUCAGUAGUAGAGAUCAUAAAGGAAAAGACACAAUUCUACUCUAAAAAGAAGUACCAGCAGGAUAACAUGUCAGAGGUCCCGGGGCGUUCCGCAGAGGAGAUGCUGAAAACAUUUUGCAAGUGGCAGCAGCAUUCCCUCCAGCGGAACGCCAGCCACCCCCGACGGUACGACACGGCACUUCUGCUCACCAGAGAGAAUAUUUGCCGGAAUCCGUGGACGAAGAGCUGUGAUACCCUGGGAUUGGCGGAGCUGGGUACUAUGUGUUCUCAACAUGCUUCGUGUGCUAUUGUGCAGGAUAAUGGACUGUCCGCUGCCUUCACCAUUGCUCAUGAACUGGGGCACCUGAGUAGUAGUUGUAGUUGUAGUUGUAGUUGUAAUAGCAAGAAAAACAGUCAUUUCAACCAAGAAAUCAAAAGAAAACUAAAAAUUUCUCAAAAAACACAUUCGCAUCGCAUUCAGGCCCUUCUAGAUCUUUUAACCUUCCCCUUGUCCGCUGCCUUCACCAUUGCUCAUGAACUGGGGCACCUACUCAACAUGCCCCACGACAACGACGAUAAAUGCGGCCACGGAAGCACAGGAACCUUGAAAGGGACGCAGAAGGAGGCGAUCAAGAAGGAACCCACAAUGAACGUUAUGAGUCGGAUGCUGGAUCACAACACGUUGCCUUGGGAGUGGUCAGACUGCUCCAGACGAUACCUCACCGACUACCUGCACGGCGGCCACGGGGUCUGCCUGGAAGACGACCCUGCCACAAACAAGUUGGUUGAUGGGGAGUAUGAAUUUACAUUUGCUGGGGAGCUGUUCAACGCCAGCCGUCAGUGCCAGUAUGUCUUUGGCCACGCCUCCAGGAUUUGCCCCUACAUGCCACCGUGCAAGAGGCUGUGGUGCACAACUAGUGAAGACGAGAAGGAAGGGUGCCGGACACAGCAUAUGCCGUGGGCUGACGGGACUGACUGCGGCUACGACAGUUGGUGUCUAAAGGGGCACUGUGUGAAGAGAGACCGGAGCAUUACUAGGAAAAUUCACGGUCACUGGGGCGCCUGGCUACCAUGGAGCGAUUGUUCACGGACCUGUGGCGUGGGCGUUCGAAGCUCCACGCGCCGCUGUGACUCCCCUACGCCUCAAUACGGAGGAAAUUACUGCACAGGAGAGAGAGUGAAAUAUGAAUCUUGUAUUGGAAAGCCGUGUCCAGCUGGAGCUAUUGACUUCAGGACACAGCAAUGCCACGCCUUCAAUAACAGGAACUUUGGCCUCUCUGAUAUCCCAGAAGACGUGGUGUGGGUCCCCAAGUAUACUGGCAUCUCCCGCGAGGACAGCUGCCAAUUAUUCUGCCAGGUGUCCAAUAGGCCUCUCACAGCCUACUACAAGCUGAGGGACAAGGUGGAGGACGGGACUCUAUGCGGCCCAGGGACUUUUGAUAUCUGUGUGACCGGGGAGUGUCGAAAGGCAGGAUGCGACUUCAUUCUUAACUCAAACGCCACUGCUGACGUGUGUGGCGUGUGUCGCGGGGACAACUCAACUUGCGAGGUCACGUCAGGCUCCUUCGAUGAGUCCUUCCCCUACGGCUAUUCUGAUGUGGUGGUGCUGCCAGAGGGCGCCGCCAUGGUGGAGGUGACCCAGCAAGCCUACCAUGGCCUGGCCACUGAUGAUAACUACCUGGCCGUCGUGGACCCAGAGACGGGGGAGUACCUUCUUAACGGGGGCUCAGUGGUGACCCCCUUCAGUAAGCUGGUGGCAGUGGGCAGUACACUUCUGCAGUACAGUGGUUCCAGUGUCACUAUGGAGAGACUCAAUGCCACAAACCCACUGGAGAAGAAAUUAUUAGUCCAGAUCCUCUCAGUUGGUGACCUUAACCCCCCCCACAUCAAGUUCAGUUAUAUCAAGUCGACUCUUCACCACGAUCCCAAUUAUUUCUGGAAGCUUGGGGAUUGGACGGAAUGCUCCAACUCUUGUGAUGGUAAGUCUCGGGGGGUGGUUGGGGGGGUGCGGGGGCGAGCGAGAGAGCGGGUGGCCUUCUGCGUGAGGACAGCUGACGGAGUGCGGGUUCGAGAUGACCUUUGCUCCUCCCACCACCGCCUUCUCACGCAAAGAGAGCCCUGUUCCUCCACCUGCCCUGUCCACUGGGAGUACACUGAUUGGUCGAAGUGCGAGGUGUUGCAUGGGGGUGGGUGCGUGCGGCGGAGGGAGGCGUUGGGGUGCGUGACGGCGCGGCGGGUGGGCGUGGCACCUCAUCACUGUGCUGCGGAAGACAAAUAUGAAGAGGACUCCUGCAGUGCCCACGAGUGUCCCGCCUGGCACUAUGCAAACGACUGGGCGCCCUGCCGCCUCCGCCACGCCUCCCGGGGAUGUGGGCGUGGGAAAGAGGAACGCCUGGUGGUUUGCAGGGACACCAAUGGGACCACGCUCGGUGAGGACAGGUGCCACGCCCCUGACCGCCCCACCAGCAGCCGCCCAUGCAAGGUUCCCUGUGGGCGUGGGCGUGGGCGUGGCAACAGACGUCACCACGGGCGCCUUAACCGGUCACAAAGAUAUAAGUGGAAGGCUGGACGUUGGUCAGCGUGUUCGGAGCCUUGCGGACGCGGCAUAAAAUUUCGGAACGUCUCUUGUGUGGAUACGGAACGGAACGGACAGCGCGUUCACUACGAGUACUGUGCCCGCCAAGGACUUGCUGACCGGAAGUUUACAAGGCGUUGUAACGUGCAGGCCUGUCCGUGGCAGUGGCUGGCCGCGCCCUGGUCUAAGUGCUCAGAGGUGUGUGGGCCGGGCAGGGAGACACGGGAGGUCACUUGCCACGCCGUGAACAACCUGGGAUGGGUCGACCCCCUCCCCUCCCCCCACAGCUCCUGCCCUGCCAAGACGAAGCCGCGCGCACAGAGACGAUGCAAGUUAGGAGACUGUGGGGCGCCUUAUCUGUGGAGGACUAAGCCGUGGAAGUCUUGCCAGGCAGUGUGCGGGCGGCGCGGCAGGCAGAGGCGCACCGUACUGUGUGUCACGCGGGCGGGGGUGAGGGUCGCACGCCACCUGUGCCCAAGGGAGGACCGCCCCCGGAGGAAGCAGCGAUGUAUGGGCGCCCCCUGUGGGUUCACCUCUUGUGCCCAGGUGCGAGAGUCCCUGGGGAGUGCAGAGGGUAGUGAUGGCGAAUACAUGCUUCUGGUUGGUGGACGCAAUAUGAGUAUCUACUGCCAGGGGAUGAACAGCACCCACGCCCCUCCUGCAGAGUACCUCACCCUGCCUGCGGGGGAAGAAGGAAAUUUUGCUGAGAUUUACGAUAAGAUCCUGAUUCAGCCUUCCACCUGCCCCCACGGAGGAGAGAGGAGGAGAGACUGUGCAUGCGUGGAGGACCUCACCCACAAAGGCUACACAGUGUUCUCCAAGAUAAGGCUAAACGUCACGACCCUCUCUGUUGACACUUACGAUUUCACAUUUGCGCGGGCGGUGGGAGGACGCCUGGUGAGCUACGGGGAGGCUGGGGACUGCUUCAGCAUGGCGUCAUGUCCACAAGGGGAGUUUUCAAUCAAUUUAUCCGGAACCCCCUUGGCUGUCUCCCCACAAACGCGCUGGGAGGCAAAAGGUAGCCAUGCAUCACACCAGAUUAAAAGGCUUGAUGAUAACCAGCGAGUUCUCGGCCGGUGUGGGGGUUACUGUGGUACCUGCUCUCCUCAUCCCUCCUCGGGUCUUCGCCUGUCUGUGGCCACUUUACAGCCCCUAUAAAUGCCACGCCCAUCCCCACACCCCCAACAGGGACCAGCUCUCACUCCUGCACUGUCUGGCACUGUCUGGCACCCUAGAACACGCUAAUUUGGCAUCUUUUUGGCAGUUUUUGUUUUCGGUGCCUCCCCCAUGUCCCCCGUUUCGUGGUCUCGUUUGUUUACAUUUGGUUUGAGAGUUUUUCAACACCUUUGGUAGGCUUUACAAGGGUGCCAGGGUGUGGAGAGGUAGAAAAAGGAUGGCUCUAUCAGCUGGCACUGUCGCUACCCCCUUGUGACUCCUAGUUUCACCCUAAAAGUGUCCUAAAGUUAGGUAAUGUUCGGCUAAAAAGACAUUUUUUGUGGUUGUCUAAAUUUGAGUGGUGCUAUUUUGAAAGUGUUUUGGGCACUUUUGGCAGGGUUUGGGAGGGUGCCAGGGUGCGGAGAGGUAGAGCAAGGGUGGCUCUAUCAUGUGGGGCUGUCGCUACACCCUUACAACCCUUAGUUUCACCCUGAUAAUGGUCUGAAUUUAGGUGAUGCUUGUCAGAGGAUGAAAAAUGUUUUGUGGAGUGUUUAGGCACUGGAAGGGUUCACAAGAGUGCCAGGGUGUCAAGAGGUACAGAAAUGGUGGCUCUAUCAUGUGGGGCUGUCGCUACACCCUUACAACAUUCAGUUUCACCCUAAAAGUGCCUAAAACUGGUAAUUAGCUGGAAUAUGACAGGAUUGUGACGGAUUUAGGGUGUUUUGGGUUAAUUUGGGAGGUUUUUAGGGUGUUUUUGGGCAGGGUGUAGGGUGCCAGGGGCCAGGGGAGGGUGCCACAGGGGACGUAGGAGAUGCAGGCACUAGGGUGAAGCCAGCAGUGCCAAGGAAUUGCUUAAUACUCAAAUCUCACUGCCAAUUUUCAAAGUCCGAGGGAGAAUUUUGUUUGUUUUAUUUCCACGCUGAAGAGGCUAAUCUGUCCUCCUCCUCCUCCUCUUCCUCUUCCUCUUCCUCUUCCUCUUCCUCCUCCUCCUCCUCCUCCUCCUUCUCCUUCUCCUCCUCCUCCUCCUCCUCCUCUUCCUCUUCCUCCCGCCCACCGAGAGAUAGCACGUUCUGAUCUCAAGAAAGGAAAAUGAGUUUGUUUUUUGUGAAGAAUUUAAGAAGAGGAGGAGGAUGAAUAGAGAGAGAGAGAGAGAGAGAGAGAGAGAGAGAGAGAGAGAGAGAGAGAGAGACUUAGACUAAUAAAUGAAAAAAAUAAUCAAAAUAUAAACUUGUAAAUAAAGGAGGAGGAGGAGGAAGAAGAGGAGAAGGAGGAGGAGGUGGAAUACAAAGGAAUACAAAGAAAAAAACAAACAGCAACAGCAGUACUAGGCCUAACGAGGCUGUCUGUGUGUCUAUUCUACCACUACCACUACAGAUUCAAAGAGGAAGGAAAAACAGGAGAGUAAAGGGAGGAGGAAAGGCUAAGAUGUGAUAGGAAAGAAUGAAAGAAAUUAUAUUAUUCACUACACUAACUAAAAAAAAGAUUUAAUGUAGGCGCUAAGUACGUGGGGUUGCUGCAAGGUGACUGUCCAACCUUGAUUUAAAAGUUUGUAUUACUAUCGACAGUAUGUGCUGGGGGAGAGAGUUCCAGACGUUUACAACUCUAUUGAAGAAGUAAUAUUUUGUCUCGUCUGAUCUGAAGCGCUUACCUUACAACUUUAUUGAAGAAGUAAUAUUUUGUCUCGACUGAUCUGAAACACAUACCUUUAAUCUUGUAACGAGUGGUGUUGGAAUUGUUAAUGAUGAGAUAAUUGUUUAUAUUUACGUUAACAAGGCCCUGACACAUCUUAAACAGUUCAAUUAAACCUCCUCAUUCACCGUUUCUGUAAACUGAACGAGUUAAAUUCACGAAAGCGAGGAGGAGGAGGAAGAAGAGGAAGAGGAGGAGGAGGAGGAAGAUAAUAUGCUCAUUGUGUGUGUGUGUGUGUGUGUGUGUGUGUGUGUGUGUGUGUGUGUUUGCCUCAGUAAUAAUCAAAAAAACAAGACAAACAAACAAACAGACAAACAAAUAAGCAAAGAAAAUUUUAUUAUUAUUAUUAUUAUUAUUAUUAUUAUUAUUAUUAUUAUUAUUAUUAUUAUUAUUAUUAUUACUACUACUACUACUACUACUACUACUACUACUACUACUACUACUACUACUAUUAAAAUACUCAAAACACUGCCAAUAUUUUUUCUCUCUCUCUCUCUCUCUCUCUCUCUCUCUCUCUCUCUCUCUCUCUCUCUCUCUCUCUCUCUCUCUCUCUCUCUCUCUCUCUCUCUCUCUCUCUCUCUCUCUCUCUCUCUCUCUCUCUCUCUCUCUCUCUCUCUCUCUCUCUCUCUCUCUCUCUCUCUCUCUCUCUCUCUCUCUCUCUCUGGUGUUUCAAUAAUGUGUGUGUGUGUGUGUGUGUGUGUGUGUGUGUGUGUGUGUGUUAGAUUUAAACCCUCCUCCUCCUCCUCCUCCUCCUCCUCCUCCUCCUCCUCCUCCUCCUCCUUCCUUCCUUCCUUCUUACCGCCUCGCCCCUCACCCUCCCCCUCCCCCCACUCUCUCUCUCUCUCUCUCUCUCUCUCUCUCUCUCUCUCUCUCUCUCUCUCUCUCUCUCUCUCUCUCUCUCUCUCUCUCUCUCUCUCUGUCUGUAUUUAUAAUUUGUAUAUAAUUGUAUAUAAUCUUGGUAAUUACUUUGGAUUACUUGUUAAUAAUUUCUAGUCAGUCAGUAUAAUUUUAGUGUAACUGUAAGUGUAAUUAUUAUUAUUAUUAUUAUUAUUAUUAUUAUUAUUAUUAUUAUUAUUAUUAUUAUUAUUAUUAUUAUUAUUUCAUGUCCGUGUUUGCAUGUUUUCUUCUUCUUCUUCUUCUUCUUCUUCUUCUUCUUCUUCUUCUUCUUCUUCUUCUUCUUCUUCUUCUUCUUCUUCUUCUUCUUCUUCUUCUUCUUCUUCUUCUCCUCCUCCUCCUCCUCCUCCUCCUCCUCCUCCUCCUCCUCCUCCUCCUCCUCCUCCUCCUCAUCCUCCUCCUUCUCUUUUGUUUUCAUUAUUUAGACACUACUACUACUACUACUACUACUACUACUACUACUACUACUACUACUACUACUACUACCACCUGUGUACCAUUGCCUUAGAAAGUAAUAGGCCCAGCUUGUACCUUGUAAUGAUUUCAGCCUACCUUUUUUGUAGGCCUAGAAAAUACUUGUUACUAUGCCUAUGAAAUUAAUUAAUGGGAGGCCUAUGUAGCGAAGGAGGAAAGGAAGGAAAAUAAAGAAGGAAAAUAGAAAAAUAAAUAAAGAGAAAGAAAGAUUAGUUUAAGAUUGUGACAUACAAACAAACAAACAGACAUACAUACAGACAGACAGACAGACAGACAGACAGACAGGUGUUGUGUACGUGAGGAAUACGUACAUGUGUGUGUGUGUGUGUGUGUGUGUGUGUGUGUGUGUGUGUGUGUGUGUGUGUGUGUGUGUGUGUG